AUGGAGGAGGAGGAGGAGGAGGAGGAGGAGGAGGAGGAGGAGGAGGAGAAGGAGGGUAGGGGGAGUGACAGUGCUGUAGUCUGGUCCCAGACUUAAUAAGAUCCCCUGACUGUCACCCUUGCCAUUACACGGCCAGACACUCAGACAUUCCAUAGGUCAGUAGCAGAGAUGGGUGGAACCACACAGAGUGGGAACACUUUGAUAUUGCCUUGGUUUGAUGGAACCAGAUGACUUGGCAGUGUCAUCUCACAACUGCUACUAUGAAUACACAGCUCCUGAUAUCAAACAAGUCAUUUUAUCGGGUGGUAUUAGAGAGAACUAUAAUUCUCAGUCUCAUCCUAACAUAUCAAUAUGUCAUCUUCACGAUCUACUCUACACCACUCCGUUUUCUAAAAACAACUGACAUUUGUGCCAACACAAGAAAGCAGCUCAGCUUGUCAAAAUAGGUCAUAGAGUGUAUCACUUCAAAUAAUCAGUGUGGUACUUAUUUCGAAUGGGAAGAGAAAUCAUUGUUUAUGCACUUAUCAUUUAUCUGUCUUGUUUGGUUUUACACCCGCAUACAUUACAGCUUCUCUCUCUUCCUCCUGGAUGCACACUGAGUGGUUUGGAAUUAAACGCUGCUGAGAGUAAUUGGGACAAAACAAGCCUCUUUUGACACUAGCACUGCUUGCUUUUCUGCAUUGUCAAAAUGGAGCCAUGAGUGUGUUAGAGACACCACAAUAGAGUUUUCCACAAUAGAGACACCACACAUUAUCCACCACAUCCACAUUCCAUAAUAGCCGCAGAACACACACACACACACACACACACACACACACACACACACACACACACACACACACACACACACACACACACACACACACACACACACACACACACACACACACACACACACACACACACACACACACACAGGCUCAUCUAAGAGAUUCUCUGAGGGGGGUGAAUGCUUUGUGUUUGCACUCCUCCUAUCACCAUGCCCCUCUUGCAUCCACUACAGUCUCUAUCAUAGAAUGUCUUGGGCCGUAGCCAGCCUCUGUGUGCCCACUUUGGCCAUUUGCCAUCUUCCGACGACGACGACGACGACAGUGGCACACUGACAUGUUUAAUAUGCUCUGCGCCUGCCUCCCUCUUCCUCCCAGCAGCCCUGAGCUGGUGUGUCUGUGCUGCUCUCUCUCUCCCCCUCUCUUCAUAAUUAACACACUGCUUUUCAGGACCUGCUUUAAUAAGCUUUGGCCUUUUUUUUUUCUUCUUUAAAACAUUUCUUCACCUCUCCUCUCUUCAUCUUUGUUGUUGCCACCGGCUGGCGCUCAUGUUGCUUUGUUGCAUUACUCCCACUAAUAUUAGACUGCUGUAGUGAAUGACAGUCAAUGACAUCGAUGAAGACCUCUAUCCCCACCUGUAUACUAUUAAUAGCUUGCUCUCACCUCAUUUGGUUUGUCUAAGAUGAAGUUGUUAGAAUACCAGGACAGCGCCCCCUUGCAUACGUCUCAAGGAUGUUCAGAUAGGGUUUUCAGUAAGAGUAAGGACCGGGUGAGAACCAGGGUAGGGGUGGUGGAGACUGAACCAAUGCCCUGAUGUCUGAUGUGUUUACAGGUGUUGGAGCAGUGGGACGCGGCCCAAGGCCAGGGAGGGGGUCAGGGCAGCCCCCAGACCAGUCUGUCUGCCCCCGUUGUCCCCCACAACGCCCCCUUCCUGACCCGCCACCUCCACAGGGCCUCAUUCCCAGACUCUGCCUUCCCCGAGGGCUUUGAUCUGAGCAGGCCCGACCCCUAUGACCUCUAUGAGAAGUCCAGGGCUAUCUAUGAGAGUAGUAGGCGUAAGUACUGAAAACACACAACUGCAACAACAACAACAACAUCAGCAUCAACAACAACAACAGCCCCCUCAUAUCUGUCUGGGGUUUCAGUGGUUCAUUUUCUUUUAAACAGGUGGACCUAUCAAGGUGUACACAAACACACUCAUACACACACACACACCUCACCUCUUGAAUGAAUCAUUGUAGCCCUCGUGAACAGUAGUCAGGGCUCCAUAGUACAAUUUAACAAUGGCCUCAGCACCACCUGUUCUGUUCCUAAAGGGACAUAGUCUGGGUUGACUGGGUCCUGCAGAAUGAGAUAUAUUAUGUUGUUUUGUCUGUAGAUGUAUUUCUGUAAAUAUGAUGGAGUAUGACAACAGUUUAAGAGUUUGAUACUUUUAUCUUAAUGCUGACAGAUAACUUGAUGUUGAUACAUUUGUUCUAGGCCCAGGCUUCCCCCAUUAGGGGAAUCUCUGAAUGUCUCGCGGAUCUCUGCCUCCAGUUGAUGUUCUGCAGAGUGUAUAAUCAAAUGAGCUUUUUUUUCAGGAAUAUCUCAGCCGUACACAGCUGGAAACCUUAGGAGCCAACAAUUAUAUUUUAGCCAUUAGAGAUCCUGUCAGAGGUACAACCAUAGGGACUUCCUUUCAGUUCAUUUAGUGUACGACCAAGCUUUUAACUGGGAGUUUUGGGGUUAACAAGAUAUGCACUGUAGAAAGUUUUGUAUGACAGUAUACCAUUGGUUUUUAACAUCAAUAGUCAUAUCUAAUGUAUGAUUCUGAACAUAAAGUGCACUCAUCCUUUUGACCAGUGCUAGUGACAGUGCUAGUUUCUGUUAAGUCCUUGCAGGUUGCUGUACCAUAGAGGCUUCAUGAUUGACAUGCGAGGGUCCAGCCAGUAGACAUGAUGAUGCUCUGCUCCUCUCUAUGGUAGAAUCUCUGCGGUCCUUAGUCAAUCGUAGGCUACAGUAGAUAGAGAGACGAGCUGUGUGCACGCUUACCCAACACAACCUUUAUGAAAGAGGACAGGGCUGUCGGAAGAACUCCACGUCAAAGCCUUCCAGGGUCUCUGUCUCUCUUUCUCUGUAUAUUUCCUCUCUACCUCUCUCCAUCUCUCUCUUUUUAUCUGUAUCUCUCUCUCUCUCUCUCUCUCUCUCUCUCUCUCUCUCUCUCUCUCUCUCUCUCUCUCUCUCUUUCUCUCGCUCUCUCUCUCUCUCUCUCUCUCUCUCUCUCUCUCUCUCUCUGUCUGUCUCUCUCUCUUCUCUCACAGUCUCUCUCUGUCUCACUCUCUUCUCUCUCUCUUGCUCUCCCUGUUUCUCGCUCUUCCAUUGUUUCUUUCUCUCCUUGACUUCCUUGUUUUCCGGUUGAGUCCCGUGUUCAGUUUAGUGUUAAGUAUCUGUCCCCUCCGUGUAACAUGCCCCCAAAGUGCUGUUCGCAGCUAGGCUACACUUGUUUUGGGUCAGUUAGGUUAACAGGGUUGAGGCACAGGGCAACUUUUAGGAACACUCUACUUCACAGGAGGUUAGUGGCACCUUAAUUAGGGAGGACGGGCUCGUGGUAAUGGCUGGAGUGGAAUAGGUGGAAUGAUAUCAAAUACGUCAAACACAUGGUUUCCAUGUGUUUGAUGCCAUUCCAUUGGCUCCAUUCCAGCCAUUAUUAUGAGCCAUCCUCCCCUCAGCAGCCUCCACUGCUCUACUUGUCUCCCUCGGUGGUGUGGGUGUUAUAGGUGAUGAACAUUGGUAUUUUUCAGUAACCUUAUCUAACUAGGACUGUUCCCAAUACAGCCCAUAACCAAAGACAAGUCAGUGUAGCUUCCACUGAAUGUUAAGAAGGUUUUUGCCUUCAGAUGUAGGAUUUUAAUUUGAGUCAGUUUACUACAGCUGGAAAAGAAUCCUGCAGCAACAGGACAUUUUAAUUAUUAUGUGGAUUAUAAUAAAUAUACAUUUUUUGUAGGGGAUGAUGAUACAUUUUUUAUUACAAACUUUAGAACGCGUUUUAAAGCUUGAAUACACUACAAGGACAAUUCUCAGCAACAAAAUAGUGAUCAAAUUAAGAUCCUACAUCUGUAAUUAGAUGUCUUUAUUCUAGUAGGGAACAAGAGACCCCAUUGCAUGUAAGAGAGCUGGAGAUAGAUGGAGAUUUAUGAAUUGUGUACUUUACGUAAACUGCAACACACAGUCUGGAAUAUACCAAAAUCAACCUCUAGCUAGCAAGGUCAUUCUGUCCUUGUCUUCUGCCAACAUCCAUGAGUAUUUUUUACAGCAAUCUUGUUUAAUAUAAACUUAAAACACUGUAUAUGGGUUCCGUGGUAAGACUUGUGUCAGUCAGUCUCCUUCUGUGUCAUCCUCCAUCUUUGUUUCCUCAAUUAAUUCCUCUGGUAUCCCAGUGGACACUGGUCUCCAGUGAUUAAACCAGCUGAAAAUAGAGCCCAUUUCUCAUCACAGUCACUUUGACCUGCUCUACUUCAUUUCAUAGGAAAGGGUUUUCAGGGUAAUGAAUAUCAUUACGUCGCAAAUCAUACUGCUUUCCAGUAAAGACCUGAUUGCAGAUGAGUGUCUGCUCCCCUAACACAUACAAAAGAUAGCUGUAUUACAUGCCGUAAGCACUUCUUCUCCACAGUAUAAUGGAUGAUGUAGGAACUCUGUGCAGACAAUGUGCUGAGGGAAGUUUUUGUCUGUCUUGCUCUAGUCUGACAUAGUCUUUUUAGUAGUCUGCUCUGAGUGAGACAGUUGUAAGACAAUGUGUGUGUGUUGUAUUAUUGUUUAUGGGUGCUCCCUCAAUCUCCCUCCCCCAUACAGAGCCAGGCAUGCCGCGGACCACCUUCUCUGUGGACCACUCAGGUAUGUACGGUGGCUCUGAAGGAGACCCCCCACAGGGAGGAAUUGGGAUUAUUCUAACAUUUAUGAAAAACAUUCUGGGUAACAAAUAUAUACCUUACUGUAAUAGAUUUCCAUAAUAUUUGCAAAAAUAGCUUUUUAGCAAAACAAAUAUUUCUUAAGCAAGAAUUUAGCAAGAGCGGGGAGGAGGAAACUGAAAACUAGCUGUUAUUGGCAGAGAGGUUUGGAACUCUCUUUGUUAUUGGUCUAUUAACCAAUGUACCGCAUUGAUGCCACCAUGGAAAGCUGAAAUUCCCGCCCAUGCAAACCUGCUGAUUAGAAGGUCCUGUGUAGAUUAUAUUUUCAACCAGCAACUACCAGGAAAUAACACUUUUACAGUGUUAGUUUCAUCAGCUGUUGUACAAUAUUAUAUAAAAAACAGGAAAAACAGAAUUUUGACUGCACAGUGCCUUUAAUUUAAUGUGUUAAUUUCCACAAUGUGUGAUCAAUAAUCCUCUGGCUCCACAUACAUUAGACAUUAGACUAAGGGCACUCCAAGGCCCACACGUUUCACAGGUGUUGUCUGUUCCUGGACUCCAGGGGCAGAGUACCAGGAGGUGGAGGUCCACCUGAGGAGGCAGAAGUCCGGCUUCGGCUUCCGCAUCCUGGGGGGAGACGAGGCGGGACAGCCUGUGAGUCCGGACACCCGUGAGAAGGCUCGUAUGGGAUGGGCGUGGAACCCUGUCAUUUUCUCCUUUCUAACCCACUACACACAUAUCUAACCCUGAACCCUGAACCCUGACUGACUGAGAGACUGGUGAUGCUGCUGUGGAUGGUUACUGGUUCAUUGUCUGUAGAGUAACACUUAGCGCAAACAUGGAGCGCACUUAUCUAUUCAUAAGCACCGCUAAUAUAACAACCACUUAUACAUGUCAUUUCACAUACAGUUACUCACUGCAUGUUUGUUGUCUACUUGACCAUGGUUACAUAUCACUUCAAUGUCGUCCUUCUAUGAAUGCAGCCCUCUGAUUGGUCAACCGACUUUUUAAACCCUGACCCCUAGCUCUCUAUGCGUUCUGAUUGGUCUGGUUCCCAUAAACAGAUCCUGAUUGGGGCCAUCAUAGAGAAGAGCCCGGCGGACAGAGACGGGCGCCUGCGGCCGGGCGAUGAGCUCAUCUUCGUGGACGGGAUCCCAGUGGCGGGGAAGCCCCACCGCUAUGUCAUCGACCUGAUGCACGGCGCCGCCCGCAACGGACAGGUCAACCUCACCAUCAGGAGGAGGCUACAGGGCCCAGGUGAGAGGAUGGGAGGGGACAGAUCUAGGAUCCGUUUACUGAAAACUCCUAAUCUUAAUCAUUAGGGAGGAAAACGGAAAUCUGACCUUAGAUCAUCCUCUAGGGUCAACUUCAUCCUACUCCAAGGAGGCCUGAGUUCUCCUUCCUCUGGCCUUAUGUGGACUCCAGCUGUUGUGUUGGACCAUGAAUUGUAGAGCUGCAAGAACAUGCUGUGUAGUGAGUGUAGCAGACCCCUACAGACAGACACACACCUUCCCCCCUACACACAGACACACACCUUCCCCCUACACACAGACACACACCUUCCCCCUACAGACAGACACACACCUUCCCCCUACAGACAGACACACACCUUCCCCCCUACACAUAGACACACACCUUCCCCCUACACUCAGACACACACCUUCCCCUACAGACAGACACAACACCUUCCCCCUACAGACAGACACACACCUUCCCCCCUACACACAGACACACACUUUCCCCCCUACACACAGACACACACCUUCCCCCUACACACAGACACACACCUUCCCCCUACACACAGACACACACCUUCCCCCUACACACAGACACACACCUUCCCCCUACAGACAUACACAUACCUUCCACCUACAGACAGACAACACCUUCCCCCUACACACAGACACACACCUUCCCCCCUACACACAGACAACACACCUUCCCCUACACACAGACACACACCUUCCCCCUACACACAGACACACACCUUCCCCCUACAGACAGACACACAUCUUCCCCCUACAGACACACACCUUCCCCCCUACACACAGACACACACCUUCCCCCUACACACAGACACAUACCUUCCCCCUACACACAGACACAACCUUCCCCUACACACAGACACACACCUUCCCCUACAGACAGACACACACCUUCCCCCUACACACAGACACACACCUCCCCCUACACACAGACACACACCUUCCCCUACACACAGACACAAUCUUCCCCCCUACACACAGACAACACCUUCCCCUCCACACAGACACACACCUUCCCCCUACACAAACACACACCUUCCCCCUACACACAGACACACACCUUCCCCCUACACACAGACACACACUUCCCCUACAGACAUACACACACCUUCCCCCCUACAACAGACACACACCUUCCCCCCUACACACAGACACACACCUUCCCCUACACACAGACACACACCUUCCCCUACACACAGAACACACCUUCCCCUCAACAGACACCACACCUUCCCCCUACAAAGACACACAUCUUCCCCCCUACACACAGACACACACCUUCCCCCUACACACAGACACACACCUUUCCCCUACACACAGACACACACUUCCCCCCUACAGACAGGACACACACCUUCCCCCCUACACACAGACACACACCUUCCCCCCUACACACAGACACACACCUUCCCUCCUACACACAGACACACACCUUCCCCCUACACACAGACACACACCUCCCCCCUACACACAGACACACACCUUCCCCCUACAGACAGACAUCUUCCCCCUACAGACAGACACACACCUCCCCGCCUACACACAGACACACACCUUCCCCCUACAGACACACCUUCGCCCUACACACAGACACACACCUUCCCUCCUACACACAGACACCACAACUUUCCCCUACAGACACACACCUUCCCCCCUACACACAGACACACACCUUCCCGCCAACACACAGACACACACCUUCCCCCUACAGACACACCUUCGCCCUACACACAGACACACACCUUCCCUCCUACACACAGACACACACUUUCCCCCUACAGACCACACACCUUCCCCCCUACACACAGGACACACACCUUCCCCCCUACACACAGACACACACCUUCCCCCUACAGGACACACCUUCGCCCUACACACAGACACACACUUUCCCUCCUACACACAGACACACACCUUCCCCCUACACACAGACACACACCUCCCCCCUACACACAGACACACAUCUUCCCCCUACAGACAGACACCUUCCCCCCUACAGACAGACACACACCUUCCCCCUACAGACAGACACACACCUUCCCCUCUACACACAGACACACACCUUCCCCCCUACACACAGACACACACCUUCCCCCUACACACAGACACACACCUUUCCCCCUACACACAGACACACACCUUCCCCCUACAGACAGACACACACCUUCCCCCUACAGACACACAUCUUCCCCCCUACACACAGACACACACCUUCCCCCCUACACACAGACACACACCUUUCCCCUACACACAGACACACACCUUCCCCCCUAACAGACAGACACACACCUUCCCCCCCUACACACAGACACACACCUUCCCCCUACACACAGACACACACCUUCCCUCCUACACACAGACACACACCUUCCCCCUACACACAGACACACACCUCCCCCCUACACACAGACACACACCUUCCCCCUACAGACAGACACCUUCCCCCUACAGACAGACACACACCUCCCCGCCUACACACAGACACACACCUUCCCCCUACAGACACACCUUCGCCCUACACACAGACACACACCUUCCCUCCUACACACAGACACACACUUUCCCCCUACAGACACACACCUUCCCCCCUACACACAGACACACACCUUCCCGCCAACACACAGACACACACCUUCCCCCUACAGACACCACCUUCGCCCUACACACAGACACACACUUUCCCUCCUACACACAGACACACACUUUCCCCCUACAGACACACACCUUCCCCCCUACACACAGACACACACCUUCCCCCCUUACACACAGACACACACCUUCCCCCUACAGACACACCUUCGCCCUACACACAGACACACACUUUCCCUCCUACACACAGACACACACCUUCCCCCUACACACAGACACACACCUCCCCCCUACACACAGACACACAUCUUCCCCCUACAGACAGACACCUUCCCCCCUACAGACAGACACACACCUUCCCCCUACAGACAGACACACACCUUCCCCUCUACACACAGACACACACCUUCCCCCCUACACACAGACACACAUCUUCCCCCUACAGACACACACCUUCCCCCUACACACAGACACACACCUUCCCUCCUACACACAGACACACACCUUCCCACCUACAGACAGACACACACUUUCCCCCCUACACACAGACACACACCUUCCCCCUACACACAGACCCACACCUUCCCCCUACACACAGACACACACCUUUCCCCUACACACAGACACACACCUUCCCCCCUACACACAGACACACACCUUCCCCCUACACACAGAUACACAUAUUCCCCCCUACACACAGACACACACCUUCCCCCUACACACAGACACACACCUUCUUCCCUACACACAGACACACACCUUCCCCCUACACACAGACACACACCUUCCCCCCUACACACAUACACACACCUUCCCACCUACAGACAGACACACACCUUCCCCCUACAGACAGACACACACCUUCCCCCCUAUACACAGACACACACCUUCCCCCUACACACAGACACACAUCUUCCCCCCUACACACAUCCCUACACCUUCCCCCCUACACACAGACCUACACCUUCCCACCUACAGACAGACACACACCUUCCCCCCUACACACAGACACACACCUUCCCCCCUAUACACAGACACACAACUUCCCCCCUACAUACAGACACACACCUUCCCCCCUACACACAGACACACACCUUCCCCCCUACACACAGACACGCAACUUCCCCCCUACACACAGACACACACCUUCCCCCUAUAGGAAGACACUCACCUUCCCCCCUACAGACAGACAAACAUCUUCCCCCUACACACAGACCUACACCUUCCCACCUACAGACAGACACACACCUUCCCCCCUUACACACAGACACACACCUUCCCCCCUACACACAGACACACACCUUCCCCCUACAGACACACCUUCGCCCUACACACAGACACACACUUUCCCUCCUACACACAGACACACACCUUCCCCCUACACACAGACACACACCUCCCCCCUACACACAGACACACAUCUUCCCCCUACAGACAGACACACACCUUCCCCCUACAGACAGACACCUUCCCCCCUACAGACAGACACACACCUUCCCCCUACAGACAGACACACACCUUCCCCCUUACACACAGACACACACCUUCCCCCCCUACACACAGACACACACCUUCCCCCUACAGACACACACCUUCCCCCUACACACAGACACACACCUUCCCCCUACACACAGACACACACCUUCCCCCCUACACACAUACACACACCUUCCACCCUACACACAAACACACACAUCUUCCCCCCUACACACAGACACACACCUUCCCCCUACAGACAGACACCUUCCCCCCUACAGACAGACACACACCUUCCCCCUACAGACAGACACACACCUUCCCCCCUACACACAGACACACACCUUCCCCCCUACACACAGACACACACCUUCCCCCUACAGACACACACCUUCCCCCUACACACAGACACACACCUUCCCCCUACACACAGACACACACCUUCCCCCCUACACACAUACACACACCUUCCACCCUACACACAAACACACACAUCUUCCCCCCUACACUCAGACACACACCUUCCCCCCUCAGACCUCCCCAUUCCCUUAUGUCAGCUUACGCUCCGGCUGCCUUUGGUGCCUGGGGAGGAGAGCACAGUCACCCUGGUGAGAUCCCCUCUCCCCUCCUCUGUCUCCCUCUCCCCCUCCCUUCUCCCCUCCUCUGUCUCCCUCUCCCCCUCCCGUCUCCCCUCCUCUGUCUCCCUCUCCCCCUUCCGUCUCCCCUCUUCUGUCUCCCUCUCCCCCUUCCGUCUCCCCUCCUCUGUCUCCCUCUCCCCCUCCCUUCUCCCCUACUGUCUCCCUCUCCCCCUCCCGUCUCCCCUCCUCUGUCUCCCUCUCCCCCUCCCGUCUCCCCUCCUCUGUCUCCCUCUCCCCCUUCCGUCUCCCCUCCUCUGUCUCCAAUCUGACUCAUCCCUGUCGUCCGUGGUCUUGCCUUUCAUCCCUCAACGUUUGAUUCAAAGUAACACUUUUGGAGGUGUCAAGACUCUGUCUCUCCCAGAGGUCUAAGCUCUUUCUCUCUCCUUGUUCUCACUAUCUUCAGUUCAACCCUGAUCACUGAAGGAGAUGUAAUGAGCUCUAACAUGACAUCUUGUUUUUGGGGGAAUCUUAGUUCUUAGUGAUUGUAUCUACAGAUAUCUUCAAUGUAGGUUUUCUUUUGGAUUAAAAAUAUCUUUGGCUCUUUUGCAUGCAACAAUACAGCCGAUAAGGUGUGAGAGAAACCGUGGCCUUUCUCUGAUCUGAUAGUGAUUAGCUGAAAGUGAUUAGCUAAUUAGCUGAAAUCCCUUUCUGUGAGGGGCCUUAGUGACCUGAUAGCCAGUCCAGACAGCGCCUGUCUUUGUCCAUUGAUGAGUGCUCUGCUGCUGUGUUGCUGUGUUGCUGUGCUGGGCUUCAAUGUGGUGUGGUAUGAGAGCAUCAAAGGUUAACUCAGCUCUCUGUUACCCCCCACAGGAGAGCCCUGUCCAGAGAACGGCCGCAGCCCCGGCUCCGUGUCCACCCAGCACAGCUCCCCACGCAGCGACUUCACCAAUGUCACGUAUCCUGGCAACAACGCAGCCCCACCCACUGCCGCCAUGGGUACAGGUAGCACCACAGACGGGGCGCCGACCUCCAACGUGCAGCAGCCACCUAGUGAUGUCAUUAUCCACCGCAAGGAGAGUGAAGGGUUUGGAUUCGUCAUCAUCAGCUCGCUCAACCGGCCCGAGACCGCCGCCACCAUCAGUGAGUGCUGCUCUGUGUGUGUGUUUGAGUGAGUGACUGUGUGUGUGUGAGUGAGUGAGUGAGUGAGUGAGUGAGUGAAUGAGUGAGUGAGUGAGUGAGUGAGUGAGUGAGUGAGUGAGUGAGUGAGUGAGUGAGUGAGUGAGUGAGUGAGUGAGUGAGUGAGUGAGUGAGUGAGUGAGUGAGUGAGUGAGUGAGUGAGUGAGUGAGUGUGUGUGUGUGUCCGUCCAUGAGUUGUUUACAUUACAAUGGCAUAUUAUUAUGCUCUUGAGUUUUCAUGUAUUUUAGCCCAGCAGAUCCGGUCGCUCCAAGCGGAGAUAACCAUAUCCAUUUUGACAAAAAUUGCUGAGAGGAAGAGGUCACAACUAUAUAAAACAUGUAACACCUCUAUUUUUUAACCAUGUACUCCUCCUCUAACCAUCUGACCCAUCUCAAUUAUACAUGGUUUCCUGACUGUAUCAGUCCCUCAGAUCUGAGGUAGCUAGGCUACUGUACGCUACUGUAGUGCUCUGCCCACGCUCGCCGUGCAUAAAGCCAGCUUUCUUACAUAAGUCGAGAGGGGGGCGAGAGAAAUAUGAAAAGAGCGAGAUAGAAAGAAGAGAGGGAGAGAUGGAAAGAAAGCAGCCAACCAGUAAGAUUAGCCUGUACUCAGACCUGUCCUCGACUAACCAUAUCUGUGUGUCUCUCAUUCUGUGUGUACUGUCCUCCUCCUCUCCUCCCAUCCCAGGCGUGCCCCAUAAGAUUGGGCGUAUCAUCGACGGCAGCCCGGCGGACCGCUGUGGCAAACUGAAGGUUGGUGACCGCAUCCUGGCGGUGAACAGUCAGUCCAUCAUCAACAUGCCCCACGCCGACAUCGUCAAGCUCAUCAAGGACGCCGGCCUCAGCGUCACCCUCCAGAUCAUACCACAGGAAGGUGAGUGAGACGGGAGACAAGGGUCACUAGACUGGAGAUAAUGGGGGGGCCAAGGGGUCAGCAGAGAACUCUAUACUGGGGAUGUGGGGGGACUUUCAGGGACUGCUGUUUAAACUGCUGUUUAAACAGGUUUACCAUCUUUUUUAAAGUGAUGAGUUGUUCUAUCUCUGGCUAUGGCACUAUUUGCAUGGAUCAGCGAGUGAUAUGUCUGUUUGGGAGAAAACUGUCUAGUGAGUCUGUUCCGGUUUCUGUCACCAUCUUCUAAUGCUUCAUGGUUGUUUCUGGUUAUGAUGAGCAUCUACUGUAGAUCAUACACACAGAGCAUUGUACUAACAUUUAUUUGAAGUAGAUGCACCGUGUAUUACGCUAAUGUGGCUCUGUCUAGCAUAGUGUAUGCUGCGGUGUGUAUCGAUCUGUCACUGUGUCUGUCUGACACUGUCUGUCUGUCUGUCUGUCUGUCUGUCUGUCUGUCUGUCUGUCUGUCUGUCUGUCUGCGUUUCAGAGCUGAGCCCGUCAGCCCCUAGCUCAGAGAAGCAGAGCCCAGUAGUGACCCAACAACACAGUCCCCAAGCCCAGCCCAGUCCCACCGUGGCCCAGCCCAGUCCCACCGUGGCCCAGCCCAGCCCUGCUGUCACCCAGCCCAGCCCUGCAGUCACCCAGCCCAGCUCCCUGACCCACCAGAGCCCCAUCACCCAGACCCCAGCCCCCCCACCCCAGAUCUACACCCACGACAGCAGGUAAGGCAAACGGAUUGUCACACACACAGACGCACACUGCUUAAAAACACACACCAAUUCAUAGCACACAGACCAGUUCUAAAUAUUGAUCCAUCAGGAUAUGGCCAUAAUUUACUCAGACAUGCAGCAUUUGAGUGCCCUAUAAUGUCCUAUUUAUUAAAAUAAUUUAAAAUGGUUGAUAAUGUAUGUGUAUGGCUUAAUGUCAUCUUUAAGGCUUCCUCAGUAUUGUACUGUCUGCUAGUCCCAAUGCUCUGGAAGUCCCAAAUAUCUUAUACAGCACAUUUGGAAAACUCACUGUAUACAACACAGUAUUAUUUUUAUAUAUUUUUUAUCUCUGGGGUAAAAGCACUGUUCCUAAGAGAAUUACAGGUGAGAGUGAGGUAUACUCUCCCUGUCUCCAGUUUGUUGUGUAACAUCACUUAACUCUUAUGGACUCCUGAAUUAUUAACCUAAAUAGCUUCUUUAUAGACCUAGGCUGAAUAUUUUAUCAAGCUCUACAGGGGGCCCAAAAUGUACCCUGUCAUUGUCCUCUCGCUCCUGCUCUGGAGAAUUCCGCAAAAUCUCUGAGUACUCUUAUGUAUUGCCAACUCUGUAAAAGACUGGAGUUUCUUUUCAUGUGGUUCGGGGAAAAAAAAGAUUUCACUUACAGUGAGGGAAAAAAGUAUUUGAUCCCCUGCUGAUUUUGUACGUUUGCCCACUGACAAAGACAUGAUCAAUCUAUAAUUUUAAUGGUAGGUUUAUUUGAACAGUGAGAGACAGAAUAACAACCAAAAAAUCCAGAAAAAACGCAUGUCAAAAAUGUUAUGAAUUGAUUUGCAUUUUAGGGAAAUACGUAUUUGACCCCUCUGCAAAACAUGACUUAGUACUUGGUGGCAAAACCCUUGUUGGCAAUUACAGAGGUCAGACGUUUCUUGUAGUUGGCCACCAGGUUUGCACACAUCUCAGGAGGGAUUUUUUCCCACUCCUCUUUGCAGAUCUUCUCCAAGUCAUUAAGGUUUCGAGGCUGACGUUUGGCAACUCGAACCUUCAGCUCCCUCCACAGAUUUUCUAUGGGAUUAAGGUCUGGAGACUGGCUAGGCCACUCCAGGACCUUAAUGUGCUUCUUCUUGAGCCACUCCUUUGUUGCCUAGGCCGUGUGUUUUGGAUGAUUGUCAUGCUGGAAUACCCAUCCACGACCCAUUUUCAAUGCCCUGGCUGAGGGAAGGUGGUUCUCACCCAAGAUUUGACGGUACAUGGCCUCGUCCCUUUGAUGCGGUGAAGUUGUCCUGUCCCCUUAGCAGAAAAACACCCCCAAAGCAUAAUGUUUCCAUCUCCAUGUUUGACGGUGGGGAUGGUGUUCUUGGGGUCAUAGGCAGCAUUCCUCCUCCUCCAAACACGGCGAGUUGAGUUGAUGCCAAAGAAUUUGAUUUUGGUCUCAUCUGACCACAACACUUUCACCCAGUUCUCCUCUGAAUCAUUCAGAUUUUCAUUGGCAAACUUCAGACGGCCCUGUAUGUGUGCUUUCUUGAGCAGGGGGACCUUGCGGGCGCUGCAGGAUUUCAGUCCUUCGCGGCGUAGUGUGUUACCAAUUGUUUUCUUGGUGACUAUGGUCCCAGCUGCCUUGAGAUCAUUGACAAGAUCCUCCCGUGUAGUUCUGGGCUGAUUCCUCACCGUUCUCAUGAUCAUUGUCACGUACGUUAAGGAACGGGACGGACCAAGGUGCAGCGUGAAAGGCGUACAUGUUUAUUAAAGAAUAAACACACGACACAGUAACCAAAAUAACAAAACUUAACCGUGACGGUCCAAAGGCUAACACACAAGCCUAAAACAGGAACACAACAAAAACCCACAACACAGGCAGGAAAACUGGCUGCCUAAGUAUGAUCCCCAAUCAGAGACAACGAGCGACCGCUGCCUCUGAUUGGGAACCACACCCGGCCAAACAUAGAAAUACAAACCUAGAAUAUAUUCACACCCUGACCAAACUAGCUAGAGUUCUAUAGGCCAGGGCGUGACAAUCAUAUAUAUUUGGUGUUUCUUCCAUUUGCGAAUAAUCGCACCAACUGUUGUCACCUUCUCACCAAGCUGCUUGGCGAUGGUCUUGUGGCCCAUUCCAGCCUUGUGUAGGUCUAGAAUUUUGUCCCUGACAUCCUUGGAGAGCUCUUUGGUCUUGGCCAUGGUGGAGAGUUUGGAAUCUGAUUGAUUGAUUGCUUCUGUGGACAGGUGUCUUUUAUACAGGUAACAAGCUGAGAUUAGGACCACUCCCUUUAAGAGUGUGCUCCUAAUCUCAGCUCAUUACCUGUAUAAAAGACACCUGGGAGCCAGAAAUCUUUCUGAUUGAGAGGGGGUCAAAAACUUAUUUCCCUCAUUAAAAUGCAAAUCAACUUAUAACAUUUUUGACAUGCGUUUUUCUGGAUUUUGUUGUUGUAAUUCUGUCUCUCACUGUUCAAAUAAACCUACCAUUAAAAUUAUAGACUGAUCAUUUCUUUGUCAGUGGGCAAACGUACGAAAUCAGCAGGGGAUCAAAUACUUUUUUCCCUCACUGUACCACCACUAGAGUAUUGCCUCAAAGGUAGUUUGAUUGUAACAAACAGGGUAUUUCUGAAUAACUUAGAAUUUGACAUGAAUUGAUUCAGAGAGCAUUACCUUCACAAAGCACUUAACUGAAUGAAGUUGGAGCAUUCAUAUGAAAUGCUUGUAGUGAAAACCCACUGGGCACACUACAUCAUUUCAACGUGGGUAAUUGGGUAAUAUUUGGUUGAGAACUUGAUCAAUGAGACUACAACAUACUGUAUAUUCACCCACUCAAAAAGACAGCCAAAAGUUAGUUCAAUUUCCAAUGUGUUAUCACUAUGCAUUCAACCAUCUAAAAGCAUAACCAAAUUCCAGUAGGAAAUCAAUGUCAGGUUUUUGGUUUAGUUGUCACCCAAAUGUCUGUCACUGCGCUUUCAACCAUUUAAAAGCACAGCAAAGUUCAAAUGGGAAUACAAUGCCAGAUAUUUUGUUUAUUUAUACAACAGAUUAAUGUGUUAUCACUGUGCUUCAUCUAAUAGCAGAACCAAAUGAUCUGGAUUGCAAUUGAGAUUACAUUAAAAGUACAUGGUGCAGGUGAUUAAUGCUGUUCAAGAUUCUGCACAGAUUAUUACAGCAAUUGUGAAGAUCUCCACAGACCUGCGACAACCUAUACAUGCUAUCUUGUACAUGCACGCUUUAUAUGAUUACAUAAUAAGGAUUUUAUAGUUACUCAACCUCAAAAUGUGGCCCUGGAUGUGUUACUAAUUUUAACGUUGAAUGUUACAUUAGUUUGUUCGAUAGCCUUCAUUUAGGCUAUAUUUAAUUGUGUUUGGUUGACAAAGCAACCAAAUAUCAACAUUUAAAGGAGAUGUAUCUACUGAUUGCAUAGUUCCAUCUGAGCCACUGGCUUAAUCCCAUUCUUUAACUUGUAUUUUGGAUUGAGUUGGAGACAUGAAUCCAACAUAUAAUGUGUUAAACUUGUCAACAAGUUAAUAUGCUAUUCAUUGUUUAUUGUAUUUCAAACAUUUAAUUGUGUUUGAUUGUCAACACAACAGUCAAAGUUAAAGAAUAGGACUGAACUCGAGAUAGCAUAGCACUUUAAAUGCACUUUAAUUCAAGUUGGAUUUGAUUUAGUCCUAUUCUUUAACUUGUAUUUUUCGUUGAGAUGGAGAUGUGAAUCCAACAUAUCAGUUAUUAAUUUGUAGACAAACUGGAAUUAAAGCCAGACUAAGUCAGUGGCACAGAUGGAACUAUCCAAGCAGAAGAUACAUCUCCUUCAAAUGUUGAUAUUUGGUUGCGUUGACAACUAAACACAAUUCAAUAUAACUAAACAUCAUUACAUUUGAAAUCAACCAGAGCUUGAAACCCUAGACCUAUUGUAUUGUCUAUUGUUAAUUGAAUUCUGGUCAGCCACCAAUUGUGCAAGUUCACCCACUUAAAAAGAUGAGAGAGGCCUGUAAUUUUCAUCAUAGGUACACGUCAACUAUGACAGACAAAUUGAGAAUUUUUUUUCCAGAAAAUCACAUUGUAGGAUUUUUAAUGAAUUUAUUUGCAAAUUAUGGUGGAAAAUAAGUAUUUGGUCACCUACAAACAAGCAAGAUUUCUGGCUCUCACAGACCUGUAACUUCUUAUUUAAGAGGCUCCUCUGUCCUCCACUCGUUACCUGUAUUAAUGGCACCUGUUUGAACUUGUUAUCAGUAUGAAAGACACCUGUCCACAACCUCAAACAGUCACACUCCAAACUCCACUAUGGCCAAGACCAAAGAGCUGUCAAAGGACACCAGAAACAAAAUUGUAGACAUGCACCAGGCUGGGAAGACUGAAUCUGCAAUAGGUAAGCAGCUUGGUUUGAAGAAAUCAACUGUGGGAGCAAUUAUUAGGAAAUGGAAGACAUACAAGACCACUGAUAAUCUCCCUCGAUCUGGGGCUCCACGCAAGAUCUCACCCCGUGGGGUCAAAAUGAUCACAAGAACGGUGAGCAAAAAUCCCAGAACCACACGGGGGGACCUAGUGAAUGACCUGCAAAGAGCUGGGACAAAAGUAACAAAGCCUACCAUCAGCAACACACUACGCCGCCAGGGACUCAAAUCCUGCAGUGCCAGACGUGUCCCCCUGCUUAAGCCAGUACAUGUCCAGGCCCAUCUGAAGUUUGCUAGAGUGCAUUUGGAUGAUCCAGAAGAGGAUUGGGAGAAUGUCAUAUGGUCAGAUGAAACCAAAAUAUAACUUUUUGUUAAAAACUCAACUCGUCGUGUUUGGAGGACAAAGAAUGCUGAGUUGCAUCCAAAGAACACCAUACCUACUGUGAAGCAUGGGGGUGGAAACAUCAUGCUUUGGGGCUGUUUUUCUGCAAAGGGACCAGGACGACUGAUCCGUGUAAAGGAAAGAAUGAAUGGGGCCAUGUAUCGUGAGAUUUUGAGUGAAAACCUCCUUCCAUCAGCAAGGGCAUUGAAGAUGAAACGUGGCUGGGUCUUUCAGCAUGACAAUGAUCCCAAACACACUGCCCGGGCAACGAAGGAGUGGCUUCGUAAGAAGCAUUUCAAGGUCCUGGAGUGGCCUAGCCAGUCUCCAGAUCUCAACCCCAUAGAAAAUCUUUGGAGGGAGUUGAAAGUCUGUGUUGCCCAGCGACAGCCCCAAAACAUCACUGCUCUAGAGGAGAUCUGCAUGGAGGAAUGGGCCAAAAUACCAGCAACAGUGUGUGAAAACCUUGUGAAGACUUACAGAAAACGUUUGACCUGUGUCAUUGCCAACAAAGGGUAUAUAACAAAGUAUUGAGAAACUUUUGUUAUUGACCAAAUACUUAUUUUCCACCAUAAUUUGCAAAUAAAUUCAUUAAAAAUCCUACAAUGUGAUUUUCUGGAUUUGUUUUUCUCAUUUUGUCUGUCAUAGUUGACGUGUACCUAUGAUGAAAAUUACAGGCCUCUCUCAUCUUUUUAAGUGGGAGAACUUGCACAAUUGGUGGCUGACUAAAUACUUUUUUCCCCCACUGUAGGCCUAAAUAGCAUCAUUGAUGAUAUAUGAGUGAUAAAGUAUGGUCAGAUUUCAUUUGCUCUGUUAAACCUACCCUUCGGAAUGACUUUGAUAGCAACAGUGAAUCUAUUUAGUUUUUAAGUGGAGAUCUCGAAACAAUCAUUCUCAAGAUAGCACAGUGGUAAUAGUCAGUGACAAAUAUAAUAUCUAAGCAGGGAAGGGCUUGGUUAAAACCCUUGAUUGGAGACCAAAGGAUAGCUGUAGGUAGAUCAAUUCUCCAGUAGGAGGUGCUUCCCAGCCUAUUGUUUUGAAGAUCUGACACUGUUUUAAAUGUACAAAUUCAACAUAUUUUAUACAAUAGUAUGAAAAUAAUAAUAAUAAUAAUAAUAAUAAUAAUAAUAAUAAUAAUCAUAAUAAUAAUAAUAAUAAUAAUAAUGUAUGCACUCACUAACUGUAAGUCGCUCUGGAUACAAAAAUGUAAAAUGUAACAUAAUCAUGUGGUUGAAAUUUCACCCUCAGAACAGCAGUUUACGUUGAUUACUUUUUUCAAAUCCAAUGUAUUUUCCACGUAGAUUCCACGUGACAAUACAUUGACAAAUUACGUUGUAACAAUGUUGAUUCAACCAGUUAAUGCCCAGUGGGAAAUGUUCCUUUAACUUGAUUGGUUGGUUAGUUACAGGUCAGAGGUGAAAGCGAGGCAGGACGUGAAACCGGACAUCCGACAGCCUCCAUUCACAGACUACAGACAGCCCCCGUUGGACUACAGACACCCUCCUGUAGCAGACUACCGCCAGCCGCCCACCCUGGACUACAGACACCCUCCUCUGAUGGACUACAGACAGCUGUCCACUGACCCCAGGCACUUCCCCAUGCCUGUGCCCCACGACUACAGACAGAUCCAGCCACAGAUGCCACAGAUGCCACAGGUCUACCAGGUCAGAUCCUUUACUCAUCAAUACAGUAUUGACCUGGGAUGUCUGAAAACUUUUACUUUACCUUUACUUUACAUGCUACUUUUAUUUUUAGCAUGUAAAGCCGUCAAAUACAUUCAACUGAAAUACAUGGGCAUUGACAAGCAAGAAACAGUAGUUCAGGUAGAGAGGUUAACGAGGAAGAUGUGGUAAUUCUAGCCUGGUUAAACCAGACUGAAUUCUGCACUGAGUUAAACAAUGGUGAGCGCAGCAUUCAGUCUGGUUUAACCAGGCUAUAGUAAUACACAUGGCCAUUAGCUUUUGUGAUGGUGACUGAUGGCCUUCCCCUCCUUCCUGGUUCUUACUGCCUGUUGUCUGAAUGUGUCCUGCUCCUUCUCCAGGACUUUGACUUCUUCACCGUGGAGCUGGAGAAGAGUAUGAAGGGGUUUGGCUUCAGUAUCCGUGGAGGGAGGGAGUACAAGAUGGACCUGUUUGUCCUGCGACUGGCCGAGGACGGACCCGCCAUCCGCAACGGGAGGAUGAGGGUAGGCUGAUGAUGAUGUCACAUCCUGCGCUGAACUAACACUUCCCCCCAACAUACUUACAGUAGCUUCUCUCCCAACGCUGGUUUAGUGGGAUAUUAAUAAUAAUUGUUUGCUAGUUUUAAUUGACUGAUUAUUAUCUUGGCAGCAAAUUGCUAUUUUAAGCCCUGUAAGAAAAUAAUCUGCUAAUGCAAAAUGGCUGAGUGUGGCUGAGUGUGUGAAGGAUUUGGGAUGUUUUGACAUGCUGGGUUAGUGGGUUUACAGGCAGCAGAAAAAUAUCUCUAGUCUAGUCAAUAAUACAUUAGGUACUAUAAACAUUUAGAUUAAUAAUUAAAGGGUGGCUGCUUUUACCAGUAAUAAUUUUCACGUUUGUCCGUUUCAUAAUGAGGGUACUAUCUGCCGGUCACCAUCUGUAAAAAAAAUACAAUUAUUUUCUAAACUGAAGUUCAAAUGUAGUACUCUUUGUAAAAAGAUGCAGAGCGUGCAAAGCUUUUAGUUUUUCCCCAAGUUCACGCCUUCCUCCCAUCACCUCUCUCUCAACAACUGUAUAUGUUCUUGUAGCCUGCUAUGCUCAUCCAGAGUCACUCUGACCACUUUAUGGCACACAAAAAAAAAAUGGAAAUCUCACUUUACUUUUCCGAUAUCAAAGAGUAUAUUACAAGUCUGUCAUAGCAGUUUUUCUAUAUCUCCUGAAGUAUCUUGAUCGUCUUCCACCCGUCACACUUUUCUCUCUGCCCAAUCUCCCUAGUGUGGGCCAAUAGCGUCAUCACUGUACAUUCCUUAUCUGUAAUGAACCUGUCAGAGAUAAUGUGUGUAAAACGCCCCGUGAGGAUAUUACUCUCACUCCGCCACGGCGAGGUAAAUGCAGCUCGGAGGGCCCAAGCCCAAACCCAUCCGACUGGAGAUGAGGGAUAGCUAACGGUCCGUGUCUCUCUCUUCAACGCCCGGGCCGGUAUUGGGAUUUAUCCUUCAGUAAUCACAGCUUUAAAGGCCCACUCAAACUCUGCAGUCCGCCACAUAGAGGCCCAGUUUGAACUCUGAUCAUGGGGGAGAUGAAUGGUCGAGGGGGAAAGGUAAGAUCAUCUAACACCGUUGUUGAAAUGAACUGGGCUGGCCCGGCUGGCUAUAUAGUAUAGUACUAUUUACACGGCUCAGACUCUGGUGCACUAUAUAGGGAAUAGGGUGCUGUUUCAGACACAGCCUUAGUAAGCUUGGCUGAACUCGAGAUAGCAUCUAGAGGAGAGACAAUCCAAGGAUAGCCAUGCUUCAUCUGGACCCUGGAGGUCAUACUACUGAGGAAGCUGUCGGCUUGGUAUUCAAUUCUCCCAUCCACCCCCAGUCAUUUCCCAUCAAUUUAAAGGUGAAUGACUCAGGCCGGCCUCAGCCAUUCACUGUCAGAAUGUGUAGAUGGACGGGCUGCCCAGCUCCGCUCAGAUCAGCCUAAUAACACUUAAUGACUCCCCUCUCUCUCUCUGUUGCUGGGCGGAUUCUCUCUCCUCUCGCUUUUAAAUUACUUCCACUAUUAGCCAAGGACUUUUCCAUUUGUUACAGUAAUUGGUUUAUACAUUUGGCGCCGCAGCACGUGGCUCCUACACUAUUAGUCAAGAUGGCACUGGUCCCAUUCCAAGUGAUGGAAGUGUGUUAGUGAGAUCCUUCAGGGGAUAUGCCUAUACUAUUGACUUCCGACCUUGAUCUUGUAGUCACAACCUUUUCACUGUAGUGCUGGAAGGAGGUGUAGUCUACUUAGUGUAAUGAAUAGGUUACUACCAGGUCUUCAGCUGCUAUGUUUAGGCCUGGGUCAUAUUCAUUAGGAAUAAGUUUUGCAACGGAAAACUAAAACUAAAACAUUAUUGGACGGAUUCAGGUACUCUCUCCCUGUUUCAGUCAAUUUUCUUCCAUUUGUUACGGAAUUAACAACUCCCAUGACAUUGGUAUUCAGGAGGGUAUCCUCUUUAGUCUCAGCCCACCUGCAGGGAAGAGUCUGUCUGCCGUAAUUCAAUCUAAAUGACAUUAUAAAAACGGGCUGCAGGAAUUAAUGACAACUGACACCACAUUCAUGAGUGCUAAUUCUGAUUAACGCUUUACACUGGCCGCUCUGAUCCCUCUGCACCACCAUGAUUUAUAGAUCCACACUGAUCCUAAUAAAUUGUGAUCCACAAUAAAUUAGCCUUAUUAAUUUUGUACUUUAAUAUGUAGUCUGUGUGCUUAUCUCAGAGGCCUUCCAAGAAAUAAUUAUGUUGGUGGUUGCGGCGGUGUGUGCCAGCGUUCUUCCAUAAUUUGUUCAUCUAAUCAAGCAAUUGGUGUGAACUUGUCACGCAAUAUAACACAUGUUUAUAUAACACGGGGCGCUCAGUGGGUUGGUGAUUUAGAGGUUAUUGUCACAGUGGUCUAUUGUCUAUUUAUUGUCUGUGCAGCAUCUGCAUGGCAACAGGACACACAAACAGCAGACACACACAUACACACACACACACACACACACUGUCUAUCUAUCUAGCUAUCUAUCUAUCUACAGUAUCUAUCUAUCUGUCUCUCUCUCUCUCUCACUCUCUCACUGUCUUGUCUCUCCUCCUCUCCAGGUAGGGGACCAGAUCAUUGAGAUCAACGGGGAGACCACCAGGGACAUGACCCACGCCCGGGCCAUCGAGCUCAUCAAGUCAGGGGGCCGGCGGGUGCGUCUGCUCCUGAAGAGAGGCACAGGGCAGGUCCCAGAGUAUGGUGGGUUUCCCCUCUAUCCCUCUAACCCUGUGUUUACCCCCUCAAAGGACCCCCAGGCCAAGGCUCAUCUAGCUGUAACACACUGAAAUCCACCUGCUUACCUUCUAAUCUGAUCUGAUUUCAGUAACACUAUAAUCUCUUUAAUCACAUUUUAAAAGUCACACACACUUCUAAAAUGAUUACGUCUAUAGAUUAUUCUAUACUCAGUCUUUCCUCUAGAAGCUGUUCACCGGUAACAUCAACAUCGACGUUAUAACCAUAACUCUGCUUAUGUCUGGCAUGUCUUUCUUUUAAUGUAGUUAUAUUUUCUAUAUCCAUAGCAAUGUCUUUCUCUCUACUUAAUACUUUAACACUGAUAAACUUGUCUUUCUCUUGACUAACAGUAGUGUAACUCUUCCUUUCAAGGCCUCUGGUUUAACCCUAAUGACUGGUAUAGGUUGUUACUCCCCUUUCCUUAGGAAUGGUACCUUCCAGUCUCUCCAUGUGCAUGAAAAGUGACAAGCAUGGCUCCCCCUAUUUCUUCCUAAUGGGCCCCUCUAAAGACACGGUUUGUGAAGAUCUGCAUGUUCCAGUCUAAUUCUACUUGGUGUCGUGGUUUGUGGUGUGGUGUGGUUUUGUGUGCCCGUGCCGUGUGGUGCAGCUGUGACUUCCUGGUCAGAACACACUGGCUCCUCCUCUCCACUUCAAUCACAGUGACAUCACCAUAGUUCCUCAGCUAUUGGGGCUUUCAAGACAACUGGGAACUCUGAAAAAACAAGGUCAAAUCAUGACGUCACUGAUCUUCAGGUCGGAAAGUCGAAGCUUCAGAAAGAUGGCCGAGUUGGAUUCCAAUAUGUCUCCCGAGUGGCGCAGGGGUCUAAGGCACUGCAUUGCAGUGCUAGCUGUGCCACUAGAGAUCCUGGUUCGAAUCCAGGCUCUGUCGUAGCUGGCCGCGACCGGGAGACCCAUGGGGCGGCGCACAAUUGGCCCAGCGUCGUCCAGGGUAGGGGAGGGAAUGGCCGGCAGGGAUGUAGCUCAGUUGGUAGAGCAUGGCGUUUGCAACGCCAGGGUUGUGGGUUCGAUUCCCACAGGGGGUUGAAAAAAUAUAUAUAUAUAAUAAAAAAUAAUAAAAAAUAAUAAUGUAUGCAUUCACUAACUGUAAGUCGCUCUGGAUAAGAGCGUCUGCUAAAUGACUAAAAUGUAAAAUGGAAAUGGAAUUCCAAGUUGGAUGACCGCUCAAAACGAUUUUUCCCAGUCGGAGAGUACCCAGUUGUCUUGAACACACUUAAGUAGGAGAUUUCCAAGUUCCCAGUUGUUUUGAACGCGGCAUAUGUCCACAUGGUCAUCAGGCCAGCCCAAUGGAAUUAUUAUACUGUAUGUACACACAAUAAAUACAUAUUACACAUUUAGAAAGAUCCAUGAACCAACUUUUACAAAAUAGCGACACAAACUGACAGCCACUAUCGUCUAGAUAGAUUAGUCAGAAAUACAUAGGCAGACUAUUUCCUGUGAUGAAAUCCCACCGUGGUGCACGCUGAGCCUCCUAACAGACAUUUAUGUCCCCUGCACCUCAGGGAAUGACAGCACCUAGCGGCCCGCUUGGUAAUAAAACCCUGAUGUGUCAGACUCUCCCAUAGCCUCUGUAACAGAGAGUCACACUCCCGGCCUGUGGGUAGUGAGUUAGCGCUGAGGCUAGCACACAUGACUCUUCCACAGCCAGCCAAGGCCUCCACUGUGAAAUACAGUCAUCAGCACUUGGCUUUGGCAGGAGACCAGGGUUUUUAAACACAGGAAAUAGUAUUGUCUGUCUCCAUCUUCGCUGCUAGGCGACUUCUGACUUCCUCUCCCAGUCGGGGACUCUCAACGGCCCUAUUUCUGUCUCUUUUACUCUGUCUCGCUUCCCCCCUCUCUCUCUCCCUCCCUCUCUCUCCCUCUCUCCCUCCCUCUCUCCCUCCCUCCCUCCCUCUCUCUCUCUCUCUGUUUCGCUCCCCCCCUCUGUCUCUCUCCCUCCCUCUCUCUCCCUCUCUCCCUCCCUCUCUCUCUCUGUCUCGCUCCCCCCCUCUCUCUCUCUCCCUCUCUCCCUCCCUCUCUUUCCCUCCCUCUCUCUCUGUCUCGCUCCCCCCCCCCCCCCCCCUCUCUCUCUCUCCCUCUCUCUCUCCCUCCUUUCCUCCAUCAGAAAGGGUUUUUCUAUUACUUGCCCGAGGGUGACGUAAAGCUGUGAAUUACGCACCAUGAGCCCAUUACACGGUCAGCCAGAGGACACCAUAUUAAAUCACCAGCGUCACUUUUCAUAUCAACUAUCAACCUGUGUGUUCUUGGCAGAGCAGUCACAUAAAAGAGGAAUAGCCAUUUGUAACAUGAAUGUGGGGGAUUGUGUGGGUAUAUGUAGAUGUUUUACAGGCCUAGGUUUAUCUGCAUACUGGGAGGAUGUAGAAUUUAUGGAGUUUGGUAGGCUGCUUGGGAAUAUUUAACUACAUUUUGCAAAGUGGCCCUGUAUUUUCAGCUAGUUUAUACAGUAAUUCAAAGCUUAUAACAACUCCAUCCUGAUGAGAUAAUUAAGUUGAAUAAAAGCUGUUUGCCCCAUUUAGUACCACACAAUAUGAUACUGUGUGUGUGUGUGUGUGCGUGCAUGGACGUUUGUGAGUGUGUGGAAGUGUGCAUGCUGUGUAUUGUGUGGAUGUAUUAGUGCAUGUGUACAUUUGUCCACUCAUACAGAGUAUAGCGUACUAGAGUAGUGUAUGUAGGUUGUUUUAAGGUCGGAUCCAGUCAGCUAGCUGGGCAGCAGGGCCCUCACCCUUCAGAAGGAACAGAGCCAUAUCCAAGGUGACAGCAGGCAUUAGCUCAGCACACAUACUCCCUCCCACAAUCCUAUUGGGCCACACAGCCACCACGGGAGACGGAUCGUCACUUCUUCAAUACGCCAAGCAGUGGCUGAUGGGUAGCGGAAUGAGCUGGUGUGAAAUUUCCAGGGUUUCAGAGUGCAACAGGCACCUGCAUCGAAUGUGAGCCUGCCCACUGAGCUCUCUCCCAUCACCAGACCUUCCUAGCUGGUCUGGGAGUCCAUCUAGUCUAUAAUGAGGCCUCAUGGAGCUAGCCUCCCUCUUCCCCCCUUGCUAGUUAGACGAUUGGAGCUAGCCUCCCUGGUGUCUUCCCCCCUGCCUGCCUGUUUGUAAUAAAUGAUAACCCUGGGACUGCUAGCUCAGCGAUGCAGAGAGAGAAGCUAACAGGCCUUGUGAGCUGCAGAAGCCUCUCAGGAGAAGGUAGAGCCCUCUAGGUUUAGCUGUUACCGUGGUUACUCAGUCCAGAGCACUGGUGGGGAGUCUCGAGCCAACAGGUUUUCUCUCCCGAGCCAGGCUGAAGCACCGCCUUUUUCAGCACAUCAUCUAUUCCAUUAAACCUGUUUUCGAUUUUUCUGCCGGCUUCUUAGAAGUGCUGAGGCUUUAAAGGGAGCUAGGGAACUGAGAUGUAUGCUGCCUAAAAGUGAACUUGCAGUGUGUGACUUAUAGGAGUGAAUUGAUAUUUCACUUGCAGCCCAUACCACAAAGACUGGGUUUGAUUGUUGUGAUUGCUACAAUAAGGAUGCUGUCAUCCAUGUAGAAUAGAGGCUUGUUUUUUGGCUUGGUUUGUGUUGUUUGGUUAAAGCUAUAGAUUCAUAGAUAUAUCUCUAUACGACGACCUUCCACUUAAGUCGACUUUUCACUCAGUCUCCCAUUGACAUCCAUGCAUGACUAAGUAAAUGGAAGGUAGGAUUCGCCCCUGAUUGUUAAGUCUAUCCUUUCCCAUGUCUAACUGUGUGUUUGUGCCCCAGCAGACAGUACCUCCCCCUGGGAUGCACGCCCUUCAGCCUCCCCAAGUCUGUCGGAAGUAGCCCUGCCCCCAGACACUCUGACCAUGCCAUCACCCUCAUCUCAUCUGACACCGCCCCAGCAGCCCCCAGGCCCCGACCUGGCUCACCUGCCACCUCCGGAGGUCCCGUGGGAGCCGGUGGCACAAGAGAGCAGGAGGGCGGAGCGCUCCCAGAGCCCCCGGAAGGCCCCGGCCGAGCCGCAUAAUCCGGACCAGACCGGCCACGGGAGGAGGGACCGGGACCGGCCCAGUGGGAGUGGCUGCAGUAGCAGGAGUGCCAAGCAGAAAGAGGGUGGCAGGUCCACCCGCGGAGGGAGUGGCCCCAAAGAGGGAGGGCUUGUGGGGAGGGAUGAGCAGCUACCUGGGGGAGGGGAGGCCAAAAGCUCCUCCAGGGGGAGGUCUAAGGAGAGGAUAGCCGGGGAGAGCAGUAGCAGCAUGUCCCACGGGAAAAGAGAACCCACCCAGUCCCCGACAAAAGGCUCCAAGCCCUCAUACACAAACUCUAACGGGAACGGCGGCAGCGGCUGUGGUACUCAGAGCGGCAGCAGCAGUCACCCAGACAUUAGUGUCGGGCAUCAGGGGGAGCCAGCGCAAGAGAAGCCCAGGCCCAGAGAGGCAGAGAGGGGCCCUGGAGAGACCCGGCCCUGCCGCCCCACCAAGAUCACCAGCAGCGGCAGCACGGCAGCGGGUAGGAAGGCCACCGUGUCCCCUGGGCCCUGGAAGAUCCCAGGCUCUGACAAGCUGCCCAGCACCCUGCACUCGGGCACGUCCACUGUGAGCAGAUAA